GGCCAUCUUUAAUUUGAAAUCAUUCAUGAAAAAGUUGUUUGGCUCAUGUAAACACGCCGAACGACACAUUUGCGCACAAAGCGGCAUCGACGGCGCCGUGUGCAUGUAGUUUCCAGCGACAGGCUCCACACAGAGCAGAGCAGAGCAGAGCAGAGCAGCAGGCUGUCCGCCGAGAUUAAGUAAACACCGAAAGCGAUGAGAAAGAAGCAGACUGCCAAACAGCGGAAGACCGAGGAGACCACAGUUGUCCAGGAGUUUGUGGUUGAAAAAAUAAUCCGCCGCAGGAUCUCUAAUGGAAGAGUGGAGUACUUUCUGAAGUGGAAAGGCUUCACCGAUGCAGAAAACACAUGGGAACCCGAGGACAAUCUGGACUGUCCUGAACUCAUUGAAGAGUUCCUGAGAAACACCCAUCUUCUAUCAGAAGAGAAUGAGGAAGAGCAAACUGAACAAGAGUUUGUUCCCAAAGAAGAAAUGACAGAGCAAGAGACGGAAAUUUCUCAGCGGCAGACUCACACUUUGCAGAGCGACAGCAACGUCCUCGAGCCAAAUGACAAGCAGUCAGAUGCACCCACUAACCUCAGCACUUACCUCGAGCCUGAAUGCAUCAUCGGCUCCACAGACAGACAGGGAGAGCUCAUGUUCCUCGUCAAAUGGAAGAACUCUGAUGACGUGGCCCUACUGCCUGCCCGUGAAGCGAGCGCCAGGUGUCCCCAGGUGGUCAUCGACUUCUACGAGCAGAAGCUGACCUGGCACUGUGGAGACGAGGAGCAGUGAAGUGUGUGUGUGUGUGUGUGUGUGUGUGUGUGUGUGUGUGUGUGUGCGCGUGUGCGCGUGUGCGCGUGUGCGCGUGUGCGUGUGUGCGUGUAUGUAUGUACGGAGAAAAACUGGUAAACAGCUGCGCUCUCACCUGAAGCUUAGUUUAACCUCCAUCGAGUUUCCUCCUUCAGCUGACAUUAGAGGCACACUGUGAAAUUACAUCCCGCUGCAGGUGGAGCUUCAGACUCUGGCAGGUGCAAGAACCUCAGUGGAGAUGGAUUUUAAGGGCUCUCAGUCCCGUGGUGCUCAAUAAAGGUCACUGUGCCUUUGCGGAGACUGCGAUGGAAAUUAAAACUAACCUUUAUGUGGCGCAGCUGAUUUGAGGUCAGACUAACCUGUAGCAGCUUUGGUUUUGUGUCAUGUAGCUGACACAAUCACUGUGGACAUGUUUUGUUUCGAAAAAUGUGUUGGUAUAUAGUAGUUGGUUAUAUAUAGUCCUGUUUAGCCACAAGGAUCUUCCACUGGGGGAGGUCUUUGGUUGUUUAGUGUGUGCUUUAUAUCUUGUAUAGCGACACUGUGUAGGACAGACUGCUGUCCAAUCUGUACCUCCAGUCCAUCUAGUUUUCAGUUAGAGCUGAAGAUUGUAAACAUAUUGUUUGAACAUUUGUUGUUUGAAUCUGUGUUGUGUGGGUUGUUUCUCUGUGUGACCCUUGCAGUUGAUGUAAAGUAUUUUAAAAUGUUGCCCACCAUAAAUUUCCCCAAUCAGCUGCUAUUUACCAAAUAUUUUCAUCUGUAUUGAAUUAUAACAAUUUUUUAAAAUAAUUAUUUGUUGCUUUUAAACAAAGUGAAGUCCUGGCAGAAUUACUCAAUAGAUCAUAAUGUAUUAAGUAAAUCUAUAAGAUUUACACACAUUGGAAAAAUAAUGUUUGUGCAUCUAACAAUGGCUAAAUGUAGCACUUUAAAUAUGAGACUGUCCAUUAUGGAGGGCAUUGUCUUCCAAUAAUUAUACAGGCUUAUGUACAUGAUAUCUGUAUCCUGAUGGCACUGUCCUGACUCAACAUAUCUCCCAUGACCGUUAUGGGACACUCAGCUGAACCGUCAACCUCCUUAAACACACCUGCUACUGAACUACUGUAACUGUUGACCAUGGAUCUGUGAAGUCUCUGUGAAUAAAGGAAACCUUUUGUGAUACUUGA